AUGCGACCUUUUGGACGACCAGUUGCUCGACAGCCAGCCCGGGCACCUGCUCGUCCCGUUGUUGCUCGUCCCGUUCUCGUCCACGCGCAGCCACCAGCACGUCCAGCAGUUAGGCGGCCAGCGCCUGCUGCUCCAGUUGUUCGUGUGGCUCCGGCCCCUCAGCGCCGGCAGCCAGUCGUACCUUUACCUGCUGCCCCGGUAGAGGCCCCUCGUGCUCGGGUAUCCCCUCCUCCUUCCUCUUCUAGGAAGAGGGUCGCUCAUGCCGAGCUUCCUCCACCUACUCAUCGGGUUUCUGUGUUCACCCGGCUCUCUCACCCCGAGAUUGCCGAGGAGACCCCGACACCCCCUCAGUCAGUAGUCCCUGUUCCUCCAGUACCGUCUGUGGGUACUGAUGUAGCGUCUUCUUCCACCUCCGACCUUGGGAGAAGGGCUAUGAGAAAUAGGAACAGGAGAUUACGCUUGGCAGCGUCUGAUGCAGCAGUCCAGCGGAUGGCGGAUUCUUUAGCUCAGCAGGAGCCAAUUCAACAGAGGAUGGUUCCUUUACAGCGAGAGCCACAUAGACGUACAGAUACCCCAGUUACUGAUGUUGUACUCGCCCCUGAGAUCGACGUAGUCCAGGGAGGAUGCUUUUCCCCUCAAGUACAUAGUGGUGAUGAGGAGGACGCUGCCCAUAUUACAGCAGCCCCUCCUGUCCCCACUACUCUUCCUCGCGCUCGAGUCCCCAGGGAUACUGUCACUCGGACCCUCACUCAGAGGAUCCGAAGCAUUAUCCGUUCAGCACGCGGUAGAGGGCGUGUUAGUGAGGAGAGGUUACUCCAUCAGAUCUCUCAGGUGCAUUCUCAAUUACAGCGGCAGUUGGUCAGACAGAGUUACCGGUGGCAGAGGAGACAGCCACCUCGGCAGCAGACUAUAGUUUUUCCCACUGGUAGACCUCAGGCAGAUGUCCCUACUGUUGGACGACGCCCUCGCCGUCACGGACGUCGCCCACAGUUAGCACCUGCUCGACCUCAGCUUGGAUCAGUUGUAGUUUCCCCCUCCACUCAGUCGGAUGUUCCUAGCGGGUCCCGUCGCAGUAGAUGGGUUUGGAGACGUCGGCAGGUGGAGCAACCUAUCGAGACGGAGCAGACAGUUGGUACGAUCCGAAGGGUCGAUACAGUUCCUUUAGUUUCAGCACCAGUUCAGAUGAGUCGUGAUACAGUAGAUGUUGAGGGUAGUACCCCGGCUCGAGUGAGGCCAGUUGUUGUUCCUAGUCCCCUUAGGAUUUCUUCUUCUUUGGGUCCGUACAUUGAUGCCCUUCAUCAGACCUCCGACGAUGACUUACUCGAAGGAGAGUCAGAUGAAGACAUCCCCGUUCACCGUGUCUGUGUUGUCAUGAAACGAGGCACUUCAGAUGAGCAGCAUGAUCA